AUGGUGGAACCAAAGUGCACGAGUGCUAAUCGGACGACUAUAGAGGAACUACUCAAGGACAAGACCUUUGAACCAAGAGCUCGUGAACCACUAUCUGAUCUGGUAUCAGAGAAAUAUCUCGCAUGUUUGAGUGAGUUCGCGAAGGGAGACCAUAAGCAGUGUGUGCAGUGCAUGCUGGCGAACGGGCUCCUGAAUGCAGAGCUUUUGCGUACCGAUCAUCGAGUGUGGAAACUUUUUGUGAGUGCUUGCCAGGAGGUAGAUUUCCAACUUCUUGGGACCAGCGUGAUGAGAGCCGUCCGUGCUACUUUUGCAGAUGUCGAGUAUUCUGCAUUUGAAGAAAUGCUGGCCCGUGAACCUCUUAAUGAGCGCAUAGCGGGUCUGUUAGCACAAUCUAAGUGCUACUUCAAAGUCGCAGAACUGGACAAUGCAACCUCGUCGAUGGAACGCUUGUCCGUUCUCACCAAAAAUAGCAUAAAUGAAGUCAUUUCGCUCGUGGAGGGUGGUCAAGAAGCGCGACAGCUCCGAGACCUCGUCAUAUUUUACCUCGUAACUAUUCAAGUGCGUGGGCUGCAUAAUCGGGAUCCCAAGGCUUUGUUUGCAGGUUUAUACGAAGAAAUGCCAAAACUUCGAAUUGUCUUGCAACAAAAUGUGGAACUAACAGGGUCGGGCGCGACGCUGGAUACCUGCAUAGUUCAAGAGCUCAACAAUGCAAUAGAGAAAAAGAAGACUAUUCAGGUGCGCACCACGACCCAAUCUAGCCGACACAAGUCCAAAAGUGUUUCGCAAAAGGAUGCGGACAAAAUGCAUACGAAACACCCAAAAGAUCCGCUUUCACAUACAAGCACUGAUUUUGAAACUCCCCGCAAAUCACAGACGCAAUUGAUCUCCUUUUCUCGAUUGACACACCUCAAAGGCCAUUUGGUGAAGGUGCAACAGUUUGUGUUGAACAAAAACGUCGCACCCGUUAUCAUUCUGGCUCUUUUUUUCGCGCUCAAAAAAUCACAAACGCUCGUACAGCUUGCCCAAAAAACUCCAGCUCUGUCCAAGCGCUUGAUGGCACUCCUGAAUCUCCUGUUGAGCAUCUAA